CCUAGUGGGCUCCGCCAUGGCGGAUACGAUGGCGGCGGCUGAGCCGGGACCGCCUGAGCCGGGACCGGCGUCGGCCGAGCCCGAGCUGGAACCGCUCCGGCUGCGCCGCCUGCGCGGCGAUGGCUUCUUCGAGGUGCCGGCCGCCGACCGGCUGGGCCGUUGCCGCAGCGUGAAGGAGUUCGAGAAGCUGAACCGGAUCGGAGAGGGCACGUACGGCAUCGUGUACCGCGCCCGGGACACACUGACAGACGAGACGGUGGCGCUGAAGAAGGUGCGGAUGGACAACGAGAAAGACGGAAUGCCCAUCAGCAGCCUGCGAGAGAUCACCCUGCUCCUGCAGCUCCGGCACCCCAACAUCGUGGAGCUGAAGGAGGUGGUUGUAGGGAACCACCUGGAGAGUAUUUUCCUGGUGAUGGGUUACUGUGAGCAGGACCUGGCCAGCCUCCUGGAGAACAUGCAGACACCCUUCUCAGAGGCUCAGGUGAAGUGUAUCAUCCUGCAAGUGCUCAAGGGCCUGCAGUACCUCCAUGAGAACUACAUCAUUCACAGGGACCUGAAGGUCUCCAACCUGCUGAUGACUGACAAGGGCUGUGUAAAGAUAGCUGAUUUUGGCCUGGCUCGCACCUAUGGGAUGCCCCCCAAGCCCAUGACCCCCAAAGUGGUAACGCUGUGGUACCGCGCGCCGGAGCUGCUGCUGGGCAUGACCACCCAGACCACCAGCAUCGACAUGUGGGCUGUAGGCUGCAUCCUGGCUGAGCUGCUGGCACACAAACCACUGCUGCCAGGCACCUCUGAGAUCCACCAGAUUGACCUCAUCGUGCAGCUGCUGGGCACGCCCAAUGAGAACAUCUGGCCAGGUUUCUCCAAGCUGCCCCUGGCCAGCCAGUACACCCUGCGGAAGCAGCCCUACAACAACCUGAAGCACAGAUUCCCGUGGCUGUCGGAGGCUGGGCUGCGCCUUCUCAACUUCCUCUUCAUGUAUGAUCCUAAGAAGAGAGCCACGGCCAAGGACUGCCUGGAGAGCUCCUACUUCAAGGAGAAGCCCCUGCCCUGUGAGCCGGAGCUGAUGCCCACCUUCCCACACCACCGCAACAAGCGGGCAGCGGCCACGGGGCCAGAGAGCCAGGCCAAGCGUAGCAAGCCCUGAGCUGAUUUGUGGGGCAGGCACAGCGUGGGCCAGCUGGGACAUCUUCCCUCAGCCCAAUGGCCCUAGCACUGUGGGCUCCUUCCAUUACUGGCACACCUCCUGCAUCCAUUUCCCUGCGGGGGACUGGCAGGUUCCAGUCUGGGCUGGGGGAGCACAGCACCAGAGGAAGGAGAGCAGAGAGACAGGGCCUGGAGCCCUCCAUGAUUGGCAGGGUCAGUCCUAUCCCAUGGCAGGCUCAGCCAGUGCUGCCUGUGGUGGGAACCCCAACUUUGCUGUCAAUAAAAACGUGUCAGCAGC